UCUAGGGGUGGCUAUAUGGUCUGGUCCGGUUAAAUUGGUUCAAAUUGAUCCGGUCCAGUCCGGUCUUUUUGAAAAUAUAAGGACCAAAGAUUGGAUUGGAUACAGUCUGGUCUUGAUCCGGUCCGGUCCCAAUUCGAUAUUGAUUUUAUAUUGAGCUUGUGGGGAUUUGAGUGGCCUAAGGCCUGAAAGGGUGAGGAGUUGGUUAAGUUUUUUACUAAGUGCAAAGGUUUGUGACCGUUUAUGCAAAUUACCCUUAAGUUUUGGGUGUUGAACUUAGGGAUGGCAAUUUCGACCUGACCCGAUUUACCCGACCUGUUUGGUCUGUUUUGGGGCGAGUCAGACCCGCCUCGUAGGCGGGGCGGGCAUGGAUAUCUCUUAUCGACCCGACCUGCCCUGACCCGCCCCAUUCUCGACCCGUUCUUGCCUAAAUUACAUAUAAUCUUAGUCAAAUUACUUAGUAUUCUCCUCUUAUUACAUUAUAUUUUAGCUAUAAUAAAGUUAUAAUUAACAGAAAACCUCAAUUUCUUCAAUAAUUUAACUAGUUUCUAUCAUAUUAUGGUUUCUUUCUUGCUUUUUUAAUGAAAAUAACUAAUAUUUCUAAUGUUUUUGACAUAAAUUACGUACCCAUUGGGUUGACCUGCCCCGACCCGCGCCCAGUAAUAAAUUACCCGACCUGCCAUGGGGCGGGUAUGGGUAUCGAGAUACCCGCCCCGGACCUGCCCCAUUGCCAUUCCUAGUUGAACUCUCUUAUCCCGUCUUUAUCCAGUUUUCGUUCCGGUUCUGAACGGUGUUUUUCUCAAAUUUAAGUACAAAGAUUGAAUUGGAUUGAAUUGUUUACUAUCCGGUCCCGGCCAAUCUCGAUCCGAGUUAUACGGUCCGAUUUCAAAUAAAACAAAAAAAUUCGAACCAAAUAGCGAGCCCAAGUCUAGCCCAAACUAAACUAAUCUUCAGUACCUAAUCUAGAUUGAUUCCAAUCCCCGUUUUAAUUAGGUUUUACAACGAAAAUAAAUAAUGAUUUUCCCCGAACCCCACAAAUCUUCUGUUCACUGUUUAGUUCUUCCAUCCUCCUCUGACGUCUGACGUCCACCGCCGCCGCCAGGAGCCCCGUUAGAUCAGCCAGGCGCUCCGCUCGAUUCUUCAGUCGUUUUCGCUUGACGGCUCUACUGUCUCGAUCGUCUCCUCCAAUUCGUGUUUAGGGCUUCCGGCUCUCCGCCCAGGGAGACUCCCCCGUCGGCGAUCUGCUCUCUGUUGGCCGCCCGCCUGCCCCACUCUCUUUGGAGGUCUUGAUCACUGAAUCAGUACAGCUUCCGUUUGAAUAAUCUCUCUACAGGUUUCAUCUCUCUCUCACACUCUCUGCAUUACUAUCGUCGUCGGAAUUCGUAGAUUCUCUUUCUCUAGUUUACUAUGGAUUGGAUUUCACCUUUCGGUACAAUUUGCUUCCUUGGUUCUUUCUCGCGCCUUCAGACUGUUUGGUUGCUCGGGAAGUUUUCUGGGAGGUAGAAAUUAAUAAGUCAAAAGAGAACCCUUGCUGGGAAUUAGUGUUAGCAUAGCAAUUCAUUGCAAUUUGUUUUAGGGUUUUUCAGUGUUUGCAGUUUCUGAAUCCAUUCAUUGAUGUUCGUUUCCUUAUAAUUGAUGAAAAGUAGCUGACAUUGCAGACUGUUGAUGGAUUGCUCUACUCUUGUGUUUGUUUUAUCGAAUACCAAUCUCAGAAACCGCAUUCAGGAUGCUUCUUAUUGAAUCUAAUUUUCUUACAAUCGAUUUUCUUUCUUUAUGGAUCAGUAGUAUGAGUGAGUUGGUAGAUUCAUUCCCUUAAUUUUGUCUAUUUGAUGCAGUAACUUUGAUCCGAAUUCUGCAAUGGAUCGAGGAAAGAAGCAGGGCAAGUUCAUUGCCAACAAGAACAACAAGAUCUACAUGGAUCUCAAGGACAUCAUAAGAGAAGUAGCCCUUCCAUUCCUUCCCGCCAAAUCCCUCCGGCGGUGCACAACCGUCUGCCGUGAGUGGAAGCUGCAGAUCUCCACCCCUUUCUUCGCCCACAGCCAGUCCAACUCAUUCCACGACUUGUCCGGAUUCUUCUGUCGCUCCACCUCGGGCGAACCCACAUUCAUACCCUUGGACCCAAUGGCGUAUGGCGUCGCUGACCCGUCCUUCAGCUUCCUGCCUGAACCGGUCCAUGUCCGAUGCUCCUCCAAUGGCCUAGUCUGCUGCCAGGGCCGAAGCGGCCAGAAACCAUACUACGUCUGCAACCCUGUCACCAAGCAGUGGACCAAGCUCCCUAAGCCCAAUGCUGAUCACGGGUCUGACCCUUCAAUCGUGAUCGCCUUUGAGCCCUCGCUGCUCAACUUUGUUGCCGACUACAAGCUGAUCUGUGCAUUCCCUUCUGACCUCGAUGGCUGCGAGUUCGAGAUAUACUCUUCGGCCACAAAAGGUUGGAGAAUCUCUAAUGAGAUCUGCUUCGGGGACAGUAAGCUCAUGUCAAGUCCAGGUGUGUAUGCUGGUGGGAGUGUCUAUUGGCGGUCGAAAACCAGAGGGAUCCUGGCGUUCAAUCUCACGAGCGAGCGGUCGACUAUCCAGUCCUCAUGCGGGUACAGUGACUCAUCCUCUGGUGAGAUCUGUGCUCUCGGGUUUACGAACGGGAAGCUCGCUGUUGCUUCCAUCACUGGUCCCCGGCUGAAAGUUUUUCAACUGUCCAACACCUUCACCAACACCAUGCAGAUGAAUAGUAGAGCCUCGGCUUGGAAUAUGAACCACGAGGCGGUGAUCGAGUCUUUCCUCUUCGAAGGGAAUCGGCUGGAUCAAGCUAGCGCGAUGUUUGUGGGCGGGGAUACCGUGGUGAUUAAAGCAGCCAAGGCGCUUGUUUGCUAUAACAUGAGGACCAGGAGAUUCUCGACGGUAGCAGCUGAUGUUGAUUUCAGCUCCAAGAUGGUUCCCUAUGUCAAUAGCCUCGUCGAGAUGUGAGUCAGACUUUCUAAGAUCUCCUCUCCUCUCUCUCGGCUCUGACUUUGUGAGUGGAACUCUGAGUCUUAAGCUUGAGAACUAGGAAUAAAGCUCUCUAGAUGGAAGUUCCCUGACUGUCCUCUCAAAAGAGUGCAGAAUUUAGAAUGGUUAACUGUGGUUGCUGAUGUGUAAAUGUGUUUUGGGGUACUUUUCCUGUUUUUGUUAGGGUUGUUGCUGGGUCAGAAUCUUACAGCCAGUUUUUCUGGAUGUGAAUUUAUCUCGUUUCGAUUUUGGUGUAGGAUCCGGAACGUUUCGCAUUUGCUUCAUUUCACGCUUCUCCCUCCUUCCCCCCAAUUAUCCCUCUGUUUUGUGUUUUCCCUCUACAGCCUUUCCGGUCAGGUGGAAAAAUUACCCACCAUGGCCGAGGCAACUCGCCCUCGAACAAACCAAAACCCGUUUU